AAACAUUGCAAAUUAUUAUGAUAGAAACGGAUAUAUUACUUGGAAGUAGUAUUGUAAUUAAAGGUGACAAAAACAGUUAUACACUUGCCUCUCGGAUAAAGACCUAUAAGGUUUCAUUGGCGAGGAACCGAAUUGUAAAGUUCAUGGGAACAACAUUUUUUUUCCAAAGCCAGCCGCAGAAAAAUCCACAAAAUGGUCAGCACUUUUAUUGCCUGCUAUGGGAUGCGACAAAGAAAAUAUGGAUUCAACUUGGACUUGCCAAGAACGUGAAUGCUAAAAUUUUGCAAUGUAAUGUCGACCAGGGAGCGAGUAUAGCGGUUUUUGCGACUGAGAGAAGAAUCUUUGAUUUUACGGGGUUUCCAGAAGAUAAAAUUGACGUUCCUAAAAUCCUCCCGGAGGUAUAUACGGAAAAAUGUGCGCAUUUCGCCAAACUCAAGUGGAUCCUUGGAUCAGUCUGAUGAUCUGAUUAUUUUGGUCUCUUUUAUCGGACGUGGAUUGUCUUUGUUUGGUUUUCUAAUCACCAUAAUAUCCUUUGCAGU